AUGACGAAGACAACUCUUCAUAUUCCUGUUUUACUUGAACAUGUCUUAAGAGUUUUCUCUCGGGCGGAAAAACAAAUUUUCUUGGAUUUAACCUUCGGUGCUGGUGGACAUACUCGCGGCCUUUUAAAUCAAAAUGAAAAAUCAAUCGUUUAUGCACUUGACCGUGAUCCGCAUGCAGUCGAAUUAGCAAACAAAAUGGCCAAAGAAUAUCCAAAUCGACUGUUUCCAUUUCACGCGCGAUUCAGUGAAUUGACGAGCCUAUUUCCUAACAAGCAAAAUUAUUUCGACGGUAUUCUACUCGAUGCUGGAACAAGUUCAAUGCAAUUGGAUACUGCAAAACGUGGAUUCAGUUUUCGACAUGACGGCCCACUGGAUAUGCGAAUGAAUACAAGUACUCAAUCGGUUACUGCUUAUGAUCUUGUUAACCGAGUCGACGAAGCAACAUUGAGUCGAAUUAUUCGUCUAUAUGGUGAAGAUAGACGCCAUCGAAAGAUUGCACGAUGCAUCUUUCAAUGGCGAAGUACAUUCGGACCCAUAACCACGACAACACAAUUGGCCAAUGUCAUUCAGGUCGGUCUUGGUGGAAAAACAUCAGAUGUCGAUAAACUAAAUCGUUCAAUUCAUCCAGCAACAAAAACUUUUCAAGCAUUGAGAAUCGUUGUCAAUGAUGAACUCAAUGAACUAUACAACGGACUAGAACAAGCGUAUACACUACUGAAGUCUGGUGGCACAUUAUUAUGCAUAAGUUUUCAUUCACUAGAAGACCGCAUUAUUAAACGGCAUUUUCAAGGAAUCGUUUUACAUCCGGAUGAAUUCUCUUCCAAUCUGGAAGGUACAUCACAACGUAGCGAAGCAGAAAAACAACUGCGCUAUGAUAUACAAACAAAACAUGUCAUUCAAGCAGAUGAAAACGAACUUGAUGAAAAUCCCAAAUCUCGAUCUGCAAAACUACGAUACGGGAUUAAGUUGUGA